UCUGGCGGCCCGCGCCUGCGGUUGUUUUGAGCGCGGAGGAAGAUGGCGUCGGGCGUGAGGCAGGAGCUCGCACAGCUGAUGAACUCUAGCGGGUCUCACAAAGAUCUAGCUGGGAAAUAUCGUCAAAUAUUAGAAAAGGCUCUUCAGUUUACAGAUGCAGAACAACUUGAGGCACUGAAAGCAUUUGUUGAAGCGAUGGUCAAUGAGAACGUCAGCCUGGUCAUAUCCAGACAGCUGCUGACAGACUUUUGCACGCAUCUUCUAAACCUACCGGACAGCACUGCGAAAGCUGUGUGUCACUUCACCCUGGAGAAGAUCCAGCCCAGAGUCAUCUCGUUUGAAGAACAGGUGGCUUCGAUCAGACAGCAUCUAGCCACGAUCUACGAGAAAGAGGAGGACUGGAGGAACGCAGCGCUGGUUCUUGUGGGGAUCCCGCUGGAGACGGGUCAGAAACAGUACAAUGUGGACUAUAAAUUGGACACUUAUCUGAAAAUCGCCCGUCUGUAUUUGGAGGAUGAUGACCCAGUUCAGGCCGAGGCCUACAUUAACCGAGCGUCUUUACUUCAGAAUGAAUCCACCAAUGAACAGCUGCAGAUUCACUACAAGGUCUGUUAUGCCAGAGUUCUGGACUAUCGGAGGAAGUUCAUUGAGGCAGCUCAGCGCUACAAUGAGCUUUCUUAUAAAUCCAUCGUCCAUGAGACUGAGCGCCUGGAGGCCCUGAAGCAUGCGCUUCACUGCACUAUACUGGCGUCCGCAGGUCAGCAGCGCUCUCGUAUGUUGGCUACGCUCUUCAAGGAUGAACGCUGUCAGCAACUUGCUGCUUACGGGAUCCUGGAAAAGAUGUACCUGGAUCGAAUCAUUCGGGGAAACCAACUGCAGGAGUUUGCUGCCAUGCUGAUGCCGCAUCAGAAAGCCACCACAGCCGACGGUAUUACAUGCUAUGCUUUAGUACUGUCAUUCAUUCAUGUUCUUUGCCAGGAAAGAAUAAUGACUAACACUUGUCUAACGCUUUCAGGUUCAAGCAUCUUAGACCGAGCAGUCAUUGAGCACAACCUGCUGUCUGCUAGCAAACUCUACAAUAACAUCACAUUUGAAGAGUUAGGCGCUCUUCUGGAGAUUCCUCCUGCAAAGGCAGAAAAGAUAGCGUCACAAAUGAUCACAGAGGGCCGCAUGAAUGGAUUCAUUGACCAGAUAGACAGCAUUGUCCAUUUUGAAACGCGAGAGCCGUUGCCCACCUGGGACAAGCAGAUUCAGUCCCUGUGCUUCCAGGUGAAUAACCUCCUGGAGAAGAUCAGUCAGACAGCACCGGAGUGGACGGCGCAAGCCAUCGAGGCCCAGAUGACCCAAUAAACCCUCUUCAUGCUCUUCUGUCAUCAACACUUCACUUUCUCUCUUCUCAUUGGUCAAAACAGAAAAGACUCCCAUUGAAUUUAUAAAUUUAACCCAGCACAUAUGUGUUAAUGCUCUUUUAAGCAUUUAAGCAAGUUUUCAUGUUUUCAUAGUUGUGGUCUGUGAGUAUACGAUGCCUACUAAAUGGCGUGAAAAAUU